GGAUGGAGCCCACAACCCGGGCAUGUGCCCUGACCAGGAAUCAAACCCUGAACUCCUGGUUCAUAGGUCCACGCUGAACCAUGAGGCACACCUGCCAGGCGCACCUUUUUGUUUUUAAACCCAUGUGCACUGUGCUUGCUGGGCCAUCUAAAUUGGUUUUCAAGGAUUGUUUUGACGCUCAUGCAACCUCCUCCUUCAGGCUAAAUGUGAACUUCACCAGGUGACAGAUACAACCCCGCCCCCAUUCUCCAGCGGAAGGUAGCGGGUCAGCGAUCCCGCCAGCCUCAGCGUCACAGCCCCGCCCUCACCUCCGUCACAGUGCCCCACGCAUUGUAGCCAGAGCAGCCGGCAACCCUCCGCAGUGCAAGGCGAGGGAGGGAGGGACCGACUCUGAGCCGGAAUGGGCGAGUGGAAAGCCUACAUCAGCGCAGUGCUGCAGGACCAGCGCAUCGACGACGUCGCCAUCGUGGGCCACUCAGACAAUCGCUGUGUUUGGGCCUCCCGGCCCGGGGGCCUGCUGGCAGCCAUCUCACCACAGGAGGUGGGUGUGCUCACCGGGCAGGACCGGUGCACCUUCCUGCAGGCCGGCCUGAGCGUGGCGGGCCGCCGCUGCUGCGUCAUCCGAGACCACCUGCUGGCGGAGGGCGACGGCGUGCUGGACGCGCGCACCAAGGGGCUGGACGGGCGCGCCGUCUGCGUGGGCUACACGCCGCGCGCGCUGCUCGUGCUCAUGGCCCGGCGCGGCGUGCACGGGGGCAUCCUCAACAAGAAGGUGCACGAGCUGAUCCACUGGCUGCGCAUUCAGGGCACCUAGCACAACAGCCAGUUGUCAGCGGAGACAAAAUAAACUCAGACCUGGGAA